UAGAUCGAUUUUGGACCCUGCAUCGAUUCAAUGAAUCGAUCCAUAAACCUCUCGAAUCGGACUGAUUAAUUCAAAGAACUACCCGAUAAUAAAUAUUCCUCAACUAGCUACGGUAUAAUUUUUUAAUUUUUAUGAACGCUUUCAAAGGUGGCGUUAUUUAUUUGCGUUAAAAAAAAACAUUUUUUUUCCGGGCGUGUCCUCUCAACUGAACGUCAAAGUCGUCAAACACUCAAACCUAACCUAAAAAACCUAUUCUUGACUCUUGUGUGAGUGAGUUUAUUUAUUACUUUAUUUAUCAAAAAUAUACUGUGGGUAAAUAUUAUUUUUACUAGAUAAAUUUAUAGUAAUGUAAUAAAUAGUAUCGUGUUCAUAUCGCAUUCAUGUUAAUUCGAAAAAUAAUAGGCUAAAAUGUCAACUAAAAGUGAUACAUGGAAUCACUUUGUAAAAAAAGGAUCAAGUGGCGUAUGCAAGUAUUGUCAUAUCGAAGUCAAAACAUGCGGAAAUACAACAAACUUACGCAACCAUUUAUUACGAAGACAUCCAUGUAUUAAGUCUGUAAGUCAACGAAAACUGGUGGUGGCAAGUGAUGGUAUUGGUGUUGACAAAAAAGAAACUGGAGUGUGUACCCGUACCUUUUCCUCAGAAUAUAACAUAAGCCUUUGCCUUUUUUUAAUACAUGCUUGUUUGAAAAUGAAAUAUUCUUGCAUUUUUUAUCCUUUCAUUGAAUUUGUUUUGUAAUUUGAAAUAAUAAUAGAAUACAAAAACGUAAUUCUUUUCAGACAAAUGACGAUAUUGCUGCUACGUCGACAUCUAAGGAAAAAUUUGGCAUAAAUGAUGUUUUGAGUUUGACCGGUUCAAAAGAGUACUAUGAUUCUGACUUAGAAAGUACAGCGUCAUCAUCAGUAUCAGUGAAAAAAUCAAAACUUAAUCAACUAACUAUGGAUUCAUGUGUUAAUAAUAUUAAAGCAUUCAAUGUAAACGGGCAGAAGUAUGGACAACUAAGUAAUGCUAUCAUGUUCAUGAUUUGCAAGGAUACAUUACCAUUAAAUACAGUUGAAAAAGAAGGUUUCACAUAUUUGAUGAAAGCAGCAGUGCCUUUAUAUAAACUUCCUUCACGGCAGACAACUACGCAAAUGAUAGAUGACAAAUAUGAUGUUCUUUCUUUGCAAUUCAGAGAAAAGCUUUUAGAAGUAGAGUCAAUAUGUUUAACUACCGACAUCUGGACUGAUACACAUAAUACUAGAAGCUACAUGGGUUUAACUGGACAUUUUAUAUAUGAAAGUGAACUAAUCAGUAUAAAUUUUGGUGUGUCCUAUUUAACUGAGCCCCAUAAUGCCGAUUAUUUAUGUCAAGUAUUAAAAACAAUGACUGAAAAGUGGGGUAUAGCUUCAGAAAAAGUUGCAGCAGUUGUUACUGAUAAUGGUGCGAAUAUCGUCAAGGCCGUAACAAUUGCAUUUGGCAAACAAAAACACUUAUGGUGUUUUGCCCACACUUUGAAUUUAGCAGCUCAAAAACCUUUUGAAGAAAAAGGUGGUAUUGAAAGUGCCAGACAGUUACUGAAUAUUGUAAAGGAUAUAACUAGAUACUGUAAACAAAAUGUAAAUGUUGCUGAUGCUCUUCGUAAAGCGCAAAAUGAUGUAACAGUACCACUUAAAUUAAUUCAGUCAGUUUGCACACGAUGGAAUUCAAUUUACUAUCAGCUAGUUCGGUUUGUAAGGUUAUCGGAGCUACUUGCCUCGAUAUUACUCAAUUACCCAAAAGCUCCACCUAUGUUAACAGCCAGUCAAUUAGAUGGUAUCAAAGAUCAGUAG